AUACUUAUAUUUCUAAAAAUACUAACGCAUCUUUAUUAUUUACUUCCAUGUAGAAUUUCAUAUGAUCCCACAAGAUAUCCUAAAUACAUUCCAGAAGCAUACUGUCUGUGCAAAGGCUGCCUCAUGGGGAUCUUUGGUGAGGAGAAUUUUCACUUCCGCAGCACCCCUGUGUACAUGCCAACAGUCAUCCUGCGUCGCACCUCCUCUUGUGCUGGAGGUCGCUACGUGUACACGGAAGAUUAUGUCACCAUUCCAGUGGGCUGCACUUGUGUACCUGAGCAAGAAAAAGAGGUUGAAAGUGUGAAUUCCAGCAUAGAUAAGCAAGAAAUGAAGUUGCUGGUAAACCAGAACAAGCCAUCGUCAGAAUGAAGAACAUACAUAUAAAGGAUCUUGUGUGCAGUACUGGCUUCACAUCGUCAUUUCACACCUCAGGAAACUGCAAACCAGCAGAAAACUUAUCAUUUCUCUACUUGCAGCCAUUUCAGUUAUAAGAUGGAAAGUUUUGUCCAGUCAUUCAGAUCACUAGAGAUGACAAUUUAUAUUAAGAACUUUUUUAGCUUAUUUAAGUAUUUGUUGCAAAUGCCAAUGUAGCUUUUUUUAGUUUUUUUAGAGCAGGACAUUUUACCCUUGCUUAUCCACAGUGAAUUUUAGAAGGGGAUGCAACCAUAAGACAUGCUAGCUAUUAUUAUAGCAGACUGCUGGUUGUAGAUAUUUUUAAGGAGUCUCUUAUACUCUACUUUAGAUACUCUUAUAUAAAAAAAAAUCACAUAACUGCUGCACAUGUACCAAAUCAGCAGUUAAAAAGAUGAUUGUUUCAGGCUGGGAAAGCCUUUCUUUUAUACUAUAUAUCUUAACUCCAAGCAGUGUUCUUGGCUGCUACACCUUUGGCUAUUUAUAUGCUACAACAUGGGAACCUGUGCUGAGCUGGAGUCAUCAUGAAACAAUAUUCUAUGAGUUUGUUAUUUUUUAAUUUGCCAAAGUGCUAAGAACAUAAAAGUGUUGAGAAAAAGCAUUCGAGAGUAUUAGAAAAGCACAGCAGACUUUUUUGAUGUGGGCUAAGUCUAACUGCAUAGAAAAUACCAGUUUAAUUUCGGACCUAGUAAUUCUAUAUUAGAUUUCAUUCAUCAUUAACCUCUUAAUUGCUAAUUGUGAUAAAACUGUAUUCUGUAAAGCUGCAUGGGUAACACCUUUUUCAUGUUAGGAAAGGAAAUUAUCUAUUAAAAUAAAUUAAAUACAAAGAGUAGGCUUCAUCUCACCUACCUUAAGGCAUCUGAAAAAAAAAAAAGCCAGGUGGUCUAGACUUGAAUUCCUCUAUUACAGCAGAAUAAGAGAAAGGCCUCCUGAGGGAAAUUCAUCUGAUGAGUCUUUGCCACUUGCCUCAGAUUAAGAUGAAUAGCUCUCUGGAGGCACCUCUCUCUCCAAUUGCUAUAGAGGAUCAGUAGAUGAGUACACAGACCAGGUGCAUAACUUUUACUUUGGACAGGGGUCACUGAGAUGAGUCCCAGCCAAACCACACUUAGCUAACUCUAACUAACUAAUAUAAUGAGUGCUACCAUUUUCUCCCAUGCUGCAAUUACAUACAGAUAAUCACCUGCAAAACAUGCUAGUCUGUAGAACAGCAUUCAGCCUUACGUCUUUGCAGGUUACAGAAACUUGAGGGCAAGACCUAACUAUACACCUUAGACAGAUACACAAAAACUUGUGUCUGCAGAACAAGGGACUGAAGGCUGACUUAGUCUAGUGAAUGAUGGCCAGUAAUAACCAGGCAUACCUUGCCUGACCACAAACCCUGAGAGGCCCACAAGCUCCAAAUUUGAUAAAUCUCUGAAUGAACAGCAGAAAGUAUCUUUUACAGUUGAAGGAUUGUGACUGCAGUUUCAUUACGAAAGAGAAUAAAUACCACAUGCAGCAAAAUAUUUGCUACAUCAAGAAUCUCAAAAUUAUGCUUGGUCCAUGUGGAAGUGUGGCUCUAACCUACACAAAAAACACACUCCAUUGGAGUGGAUGAGAAAUGGAAAGACUAUGAGCUAAACAGAAUUAACAAGGUAAAUAUAGAAAUAAAAUCAUAUAACAACUC